AUGAUUAUUGACGCAUUGUUCGUGUAUUGUAAGCUCCAUCCCAAUAGCGGUGGAUAUCGUCAGGGUAUGCAUGAACUUCUUGCGCCCAUCCUCCUUGUUGUCAACAAGGACGCGCUUGAUCCUGCGGCUAUCUCGCCCAUUGGCACCAAUGUCGACACCAAGAUGCUGGCCAUGCUAGACUCUCUGUUUGUUGAGCAUGACGCAUUUGCCUUAUUCUCUAAGAUCAUGGAAAGGGCAAGGGCAUUCUAUGAAGUCCAAGACUCAAUCUCAAGGGCAGCGAUGGCGUCUGCUUCCAAAGACCGGGUGGAAACAUCAGCCAUCGUCGAGAAGAGUAAGCACAUCCAUGAGGUUUGUUUAGCCAAGGUCGAUCCUGAACUGGCCAACCAUCUCAAAGACAUUGAGAUCUUGCCACAAAUUUUCCUAAUUUCGCGGCCCACGACACCAAUGGGCCAAGCUUUCUCAUCUUUCAGAAAUCGGACCAAGGGUGGCCAGUCACCAAUUCCGUCUGCGAGUAGGUUUAUCCAACAGCAAGGUGGUGUGGAAGCACUUUUCCAAGGCGCCGCCAAAAGCGUGUUGGAGCGAGGCGAGAAACUUGGCAUCAACCAAGCGGUACGAGACGCCAUGGGCGAUAUCAAGAGAAACAUGCAAGGGCUGAACGAAGUACGCUACCCUCCUCGGAUGGCAAGGCAUCUACUUGGCGAUGACUCGGCAGCACAGGCCAUCGCUGCCAUUGAGCAACGCAACAAACUGCUGGCCAACAUGUUAGAUGAGACAGUGACAAGUCUCAGGUCGUUGGCUACUACUAAUCUAGAAGACAAGGUUAAGACGUUGGAGCUUGUCGAGGUUGCGGCUGCCAAGGUGCAGUUUGUAAAAGUUUACUUGGAAGACCCGACGAUCGAAGUACCCAAUCUUGAGGGCUUCACCAGCCCACCGCCGGAGGAGGCAAAUACCGAGGCCCUGAUGGAAAUAGACGCAAAAGACAGUGCUGUGUUGGGGGCGGCGGUUGCUGCAGAGAGUGUGGCAGGCGUCAUUUCGACAUUGUCUCUGGAUGAGCACGAAAAGACAAAAUCCCCGACCUCGAAAACAGCCAUUCCCGACGUCAUGGACAUUACACAAGAGGCACCCGCCAACAAACCAGCUGAACAUCCGUCAGCUCUUGUUUCAAGCCCAAAAGCCGACGCACCUCGCGUGAAACCAUUGGAACGACCUCAACCGCCUAUCCCAACACGAUCAACCCUCGCACAGUCUUCCUUCUCUUGGAUGCUGGAACCAGACCAGUCCGCCCAGUCCGCCUCACCACCAAAGUUGCCCAAGUCGAGCUCGGGAGGUGCACACCGCAAGAAGCCGUCUGGGAACAUCAGCAGAGAGCGCAACGCUUUUCUGUUUGGCGAGAUCGUCGCUGACUCCGAGGACCAGACAAUGCCAAUCAAGUCUGACGACAUAUUCGGACUACAGCCCAUGGACAAGCCCAAGUCUCCCUUUCCGUGA